AUGUGUGAAUGGAUUUUUAACGCACUUGCUUUUGAUACCAACAAAGAAGUGUUGUUCCCAUUGCGCAAAUUUAUUGGAAACACACAAGAUGGUGCAUCAGCAAAUAUGGGGUGUGAUAACGGCAUGAUUAAACACAUGAAAAUGAAACUAGUUCCGAUAAAAAAUCCAGAAGGAAAUAUAAUUAAAAGAAAGUUUUAUGGAAUACACGGCCCCGCUCAUAGAUGCAACUUGUUUGCCCAAGAUGUAGGUAUGGAAGCACCGUUCGAUAUAGUGACAACAUUUAUUAAAUGGUUGUGUAACUCAACGAAGCUAAAAGAAUACUACACAUUUUGUAAUUCCAACAACAUAAAAAAAUAUAAAUUGUCCACUUACUCUGCAACGAGAUGGAACUAUAUUGCAAAUC